CAACCAAACAAAAAUUGCACCAUGAUUUAUUCACAGACAACAAAAAAGCUCAAUCCUUUAUAUAUUCACAUUUUUUCAAAACAGUCCAAACAUCCUUCUUCCCUCUCCCCUUUCCCUGUCCUUUUUGUCUUCAACCUUUUUUUUUUUUCUCUCUCUUUCUCUCCACAGAUUCUCCAAUGGCACUUCUCCGUUUCCAACACUUGUUUUCUCUUAUCUUCCUUCUUUCCCUUCACCACCACACAGGCUCGUGUGCCCUCCUUCUAAGCUUGAGACACCACCACAACACUCUCCGCCAGCAGAGACCCAUGAUCCAUGCCAACCAAACUAACUGUGCACUCUUUGUUGGAACAUGGAUCCAAGAUGACUCCUACCCUCUCUACCAAUCCCCCAACUGCCCCAUCAUAGAUCCACAGUUCAACUGCAAAAUGUUUGGCCGCCCAGAUUCUGAAUACCUCAGAUACAGAUGGAGACCCCUCAACUGUGACCUCCCAAGGUUCAAUGGGGAGGAGUUUCUGCUGCAAAUGAAGGGCAAAACCGUGAUGUUUGUGGGUGACUCACUGGGGCGCAAUCAAUGGCAGUCAUUGAUUUGCAUGAUAUACACUGCAGUUCCUCAGACACAGACACAAUUGGUCAGAGGGGAACCACUCUCAACCUUCAGAUUCUUGGACUACGGUGUUACCAUUUCAUUUUACAGAGCUCCUUAUCUGGUAGAGAUUGAUGUGGUCCAAGGGAAGAGAAUUUUGAGGCUGGAGGAGGUUGAUGGGAAUGGUGACCUAUGGAGAAAUGCUGAUGUGCUUUCUUUCAACACUGGACAUUGGUGGGAGCAUCAAGGUUCUCUUCAAGGGUGGGAUUACAUUGAAUUAGGAAGCAAAUACUACCAAGACAUGGAUCGUUUAGCAGCUUUGGAAAGGGGAAUGAGAACAUGGGCUAAUUGGGUGGACAGCAAUGUUGACAGAAGCAGAACCAAGGUGUUCUUCCUGGGAAUUUCUCCUUCACAUACCAACCCAAAUGAAUGGAAUUCUGGAGUGACAGCAGGACUAACCACAAAGAACUGCUAUGGAGAAACUGCUCCAAUAAUGAGCAGUGGCACUGCAUAUCCUGGUGUAUACCCUGAACAGAUGAGGGUUGUAGACAUGGUUAUCAGAGAAAUGAAGAACCCUGCAUAUCUUCUUGACAUUACAAUGCUUUCAGCAUUCAGAAAAGAUGCACAUCCCUCCAUUUACAGUGGUGAUUUGAACCCUCAACAGAGAGCCAAACCUGAUUAUUCUGCAGAUUGUAGCCACUGGUGUCUUCCUGGACUGCCAGAUACUUGGAAUGAACUUUUCUACACUGCUUUGUUCUACUGACUUUUCUUCUUUGCUAACUAAUUAACACAUUUCUUCCACUUCACUCUUGUUAUCAGUAUCAGUAGCUCAUAAUACAUUUGUUUAGAGGGUUAGUCAGUUACU